ACAUUCUCGCUCUUAACGGGUGAGAAAUAACUUUAUACUUUCAGUUCAGCUUCGAGUUAACGACGUCAUGUCACUGCACUAGGCGGAAGAAAAGAACAACACUGUUACUUGCGUUACAGCGUUUAGCUGCCACACUCGGGUUUGAGUUGAACCAGCUCGAGUCUAACGCUGAAAGGAGCGCGUGCAGCGGUUAUUGACACUGUUAUUUACCUGCUAGCAUGAGCGGACAUCUACUUUGAUAACGUUAGUUUCGCUGGCUUGAACGAUACCGUUCAGUUCAGGCUGCUCUUUAACGAGAAGCAGGUAUCAACCACAGGCUGAUAUAAGAAGGGGAGCAACAAACAAGUCCGCCUUGUGAAUACCCGAACAGCGAGAUGAGCUGUCUGGGUGAUCCUGCCGCUCCACUGAGGGUGUUGGUAACGGGAGGCUCCGGCUUGGUGGGCAGGGCCAUACAGCAUGUGGUCAAAGAGGAGGGGGGAGCCAAGGAGGGCGAGGAAUGGAUAUUCCUCUCCUCCAAAGAUGCCAACCUCAUGAACAAGGAGGAGACGAUGGCUGCGUUUGAGAAACAUCGGCCAACCCACGUCAUUCACCUGGCUGCUAUGGUUGGGGGUCUUUUCAAGAACAUGAGAUGCAACCUGGAUUUUUGGAGAAACAACAUCUACAUCAAUGAUAACGUGCUGCAGGCCGCACAUGAAGUUGGCGUGGUCAAGGUUGUUUCCUGCCUGUCCACCUGCAUCUUUCCUGAUAAGACCAACUACCCUAUUGAUGAGACCAUGAUCCACAACGGUCCACCUCAUGAGUCGAACUUUGGCUAUGCCUAUGCAAAGAGAAUGAUUGAUGUUCAUAACAGGGCGUAUUUCGAGCGGCAUGGGCGAUGCCAUACAGCUGUGAUUCCCACUAAUGUGUUUGGUCCCCACGACAACUUCAGCAUUGAAGACGGUCAUGUGCUGCCAGGCCUCAUACACAAAGCAUACAUUGCUCAAAAGGAGGGGAAGCCCCUCGUGGUCUGCGGUUCUGGCACUCCCAGAAGACAGUUCAUCUACUCUUUGGACCUGGCUCGUCUCUUCCUGUGGGUCAUGAGAGAGUAUCCAGAGGUGGAUCCAAUCAUUCUCUCCGUUGGAGAGGAGGAAGAAGUGUCCAUAAAAGAAGCGGCAGAAGCAGUUGUGCAAGCAGUGGACUUCAAAGGGGAAGUGGUGUUUGAUACCAGUAAAGCAGAUGGCCAGUUCAAAAAGACAGCCAGCAAUGCAAAGUUGCGCCGCUACCAGCCGGACUUAACCUUCACACCCUUCAAACAAGCUUUAAAGGAAACCUGUGAUUGGUUUGUUGCCAACUACGAAUCCGCCCGGAAGUGAAAACUAUGGCAACCAAGUUGGUACAAAGUCUGUCGGCCGGCUCGGUUGGAAUAGAAGCUGAAGACUGACGGUGGAGAGGGCUGGAAGAAACAGGGAGAGGGGGUGGGGGUCGGGUUCCAUCUGAAAAGUUAGAUGGAUGUCACUCAAUGAUUUGGACUGAAGUUCUCUGUAACACCAUCUAGGCUCAUGUCUCUUUCGGGUACAUGAAGAAAUAGUCUACCUGUAGAUCUUUUUCACUAUUGUGGUUAUUUCAGUUAAAUGACUUUCGGCUUUGGAAUCCAGAAGCUGGACUUUACAGUAAUUAUAAAUCCUUUUCAGCAUGUAAUCACUAAAUUAUAUUCAUUCUUUGAAGUUUAGGUGGUCUAGCUUUCACUGUAUUUAAUGUACCACGGUUUUGGUGGAUGCUUGGUUAUUUUUACACUGAGGAAAAUAAAUGUUUUAUUCCAGUG